AUUUAUUGGAUUAAUUACAAACAACAACAACCGUGCAACUUCCUGUCAGCGCAUUUAUUUUGAAGGCGGCGACCACCGGAAGUAGAGUCGCAGUUUCCGGUGGUUGUUUGGUGUGGUCCGUCUCGGCUCGGCUCGGCUCGGCUCGGCUCGGAGCGGACCAGCAGCAGUCUCAGCCGUAGUGAACCUGUGUGUGUGACCGCGGAGGAAAGAUGGCGGCCCCUGCUCUCUCCAGUCGGGCUGGCUCGGCGGGCAGCCUCGGGAACAGCCCCACGAUGGCCGCCGGGAGGCUGCCGGGAGGCGGCGGCGGGCCCGAGCUCGACUUCAGGUCGGCGGCCCGGAUGGAGGACGUGAACCGGCUCAUCCAGGAGUUCAGCAAGCACGACCAGCGGGAGUACGACGACCAGCGGGCUCUGGAGAUCCACACGGCCAAAGACUUCAUCUUCUCCAUGCUGGGAAUGGUCCAGAAGUUGGACCAAAAGCUCCCGGUGGCCAACGAGUACCUCCUCCUGUCGGGAGGCGUUCGGGAAGGUGUGGUGGACAUGGACUUGGACGAGCUGAGUGUCUACGCUCGUGGCACAGACUACGACAUGGACUUCACCCUGCUGGUCCCGGCGCUCAAACUCCACGACCGCAACCAGCCAGUGACCCUGGACAUGAGGCACUCGGCCCUGGGCCACUCCUGGCUCAGCCUUCGCCUCUUCGACGAGGGAACCAUCAACAAGUGGAAGGACUGCUGCACCAUCGUCGACCACAUCAACGGAACCACCAACUACUUCUUCUCUCCGACGCUGGUGGCCGACUGGUUCUACCAGUCCAUCUCCCUGGUGCUGCUGGAGGUGCAGAAGAAGCCGCAGCGAGGGAUGCCGAGAGUGGAGAAGGUGGAGAGGAACGGGACCAUCAUCUCCGUCAUCCUGGGCGUCGGGAGCAGCCGGAUGCUCUACGACAUCGUCCCUGUGGUGUCGUUUAAAGGCUGGCCGGCCGUCGCUCAGAGCUGGCUGAUGGAGAACCACUUCUGGGACGGGAAGAUCACCGAAGAGGAGGUGAUCAGCGGCUUCUACCUCGUCCCCGCCUGCUCCUUCAAAGGCCGCAAGGAGAACGAGUGGCGCCUCUCAUUCGCCCGCAGCGAGGUGCAGCUGAAGAAGUGCAUCUCGUCCAGCCUGAUGCAGGCGUACCAGGCCUGUAAAGCCAUCAUCAUCAAGCUGUUGUCCCGCCCCAAAGCCAUCAGCCCCUACCACCUCCGCAGCAUCAUGCUGUGGGCUUGUGACCGCCUUCCCGCCAACUACCUGGCCCAGGACGACUUCUCCGCCCACUUCCUGCUGGGCCUGAUCGACGACCUGCAGCACUGCCUCGUCAACAAGAUGUGUCCCAAUUACUUCAUUCCCCAGUGCAACAUGCUGGAGCACCUGUCGGACGAGACCGCCAUGCUGCACGCCCGCAAACUCUCCUCAGUGCGCUCCGACCCCGCCGAGCACCUCCGCACCACCAUCGAGCAUGCCAAGGCUGCCAACAGGCUGACGGUGGACCUGCAGUGGCGAGGCAGCGCUAACAACCUGCCGUCGCCGCAGUCCGACGCCGGCGGAGAGAACCAGCCAGAUGACCGGCUGGCCAAGAAGCUUCAGCAGCUGGUCACAGAGAAUCCUGGGAAAUCCAUCUCAGUCUUCAUCAACCCGGACGACGUCACGCGACCGCACUUCCGCAUCGACGACAAGUUCUUCUGAGACUGAGACAUGUUCUGCCAGACCUCUUCCUCCCCCUCUUCCUCCUCUUUCUCUCUGCCUUCCUCCUCCUCGCCUGGUGCCCCGCCUCCUCUGAAACUUUAUUUUUUACAUUUUUUAUGUUUCUCUGCCACAGAGUGAAGUGAGGUGAUCGUCUAGUUGUGUCUGCCACAGUUUUUUAUUUUUUUAUUUUUAUUUUUCUAUUCCCGCUCCCCUCUUCCCCCCUCUUUCACUGUGUGCCCUGUGUUUUUUACCUGCUGAAUGCCUUUUAAAUAGACAGCUGAAUAGCAGCAGGUUGUUUUUAAAACUGAAAGAUGAGGACAAAAAUCCACCUUAAGAUGGAAUUACUGUUCCAAUGUUACGGUAGUUUAAUUAUCAGGGAUCCUGGAAAUGAGACGAAAGCAACAAACUCCUGAAAACGUCACCGAGGAUUGUUCACACGCGAAGCCUUCAGUAAUCAGGGAGCAGGAAUAUGAUGAAGAAUAAAACUCUUAUUACAUAUUAAGCUAAGCUGCAGCUGAUAGAAGACCUGCAACAUUUAGGAAAAAUUACACUAAAUGUAGAAAAGUACGUAAGUUAUAAUCUUGUGACACUAAGUUUUUCAUAAUAUAGUUAUAAUAAUACUUUAAUUACUUGUUCUUAGAAUUAUGACAAACCCAGUUCCCUCAUAAUGAAAGGUAUUAUCUAAUAAUUGUGAUUAUAAAGUCAUAACUAUGAGAUAAAAUCUGAUAAACAAGCCCAGCAUUAAUAAUGUCAUCAUAAUUCAGUAUCUCAGAAUUUAUUGGCACUAAUUUCUCAUAACAAAGUACAUUACGAAAGUGUCAUAAAUGUAUUUAAUUAUGAGAUUAUGUCUUUAAAAUUAUGAGAGUUUUCAUAAUAGUGACCAGUUGUCAUAACGAAGGGUUAGUUUCUCAUAAUUAAGAUUAUUUUAAUGAAAUUGUCACAAUUAUGAGGCAAUAUCUCAGAUUCUGUCUCAUAAAUUAAAAGAUCUUCAGUAAAUUAUGAGAUAAUAUCUUUAAAUUAUGAGAAAGUUAGUUCCACAAACGUAUAAAAGAGUCUUAAACUCACUUUGCUCUUUUAUUCGGCUCAGAUAUCCGCAGCAGCAGCUCAGCGUCGGAACAGCUACAGGAUUGUUGAGUGUGACUGUAUCAGAUUGUAGACGCACUCAGGAGUUUAAUAUGUACGUACAGACGUCUCAGACCAGGACUAAAGAUUACAGAGUUCAGCUUGAAGGUGGAUUUUGUCCCUCUGAGGAAUGUCUUAUGGUCCGCUGGGGGCCGGUGGUACUAACGUCUUAGAAACUAACUGUAAAUAGAAGAAAACUGACUGAACGAGAAUAAUAGACUUUCAACGAUGAUGACGGUGACGAUGACGACGAUGAUGAUGAUGAUGAUGAUGAUGAUGAUGUGUAGACUACUUUUCGUCUAAUUUUGCACAGAAUGUAAAAAAACACCACUUUUCCUCUCGAUGGUGGACGCCGUGUUCGUCCUGAUUCAGAAAUGAUGUAUCAUAUCAGUAGACAGGUGGCGCCACUGAGGAACGGUCGUACUGCACGUUUUAAAUGUGUACAUUAACCGCUGGAGUAGCACGGAGCACACAGUGAUACUGCAGCAGCCUGGGCCACUUCAUAAUGGAUUUAUAUAUUCCUCUUUAAAGUCACUUUCAAUAUGAUAAACCUUGAAUAAUAACUUGGUGCACAGACACGAGUACUUGCUGAUACCAACUACCACAUUUUCAGCAGUAUCCGAAGAACUCUUGACUGAUUUUACGCCUCCGUCAACGAUACGUUGUCAUUCAUUAAGAGUUGAACCGCUAAUGCUGCCCACCUGUGUACAGUGGUGCAGUCUGGGGAAGUCGAUACAUCCCUUCCGGAAGUUGUGAUUUUUCGAUCACAACGUUUAAUUCAAUUCAGUUGAUUCCUGUGAAUUCUGCACAACCUGUCUGAACAGAACAUUUUCAGUGCUGUUUUCUUAGCGUUAAGCUAGCUGUGUUUACUUGUGGACAAAAUAGAAAAAAUAGAAGUGAUGGUACUCAGUACUGAUGAGUACAGGCCCAAUUAAAGCACUAAUCAACAAUAAAACAUUGAGCCACACGUCACCAAACUACUAGAGAUUUUAUUCUCUCUGGAAUAAGUUCCCUUCGACUUUUAAUGAAGUCUUUGCCCAACCAGCACAAAGGUCUUCAGCACUCGACUGCGUUUGUCAGUUUGGUUCUCACAUUAAAAUCCCUCUUGUGUUAGGCUCUUCUUCCUCAUUUGUUAUUAACAGAUGUGUUAAUAGGAAAGUGUUCCUCAGUAAGAAAGUAAUACAUAAUACAGUUAUUAUUACCGUAGUGAUUUAACGACAGAGAUAAAUUGGGGUGUCAUCUGCAUAUAAGCAACGUUUUUACCUUAAAUAUAGGAUUUGGCCCAGAUGCAGCAUAGAGGUUGAACAAUAGCGUUUAGGUUCCUCUUCCUCAUUUACUCGCUGUUGUUUUGAGUCUCAAAUUGGGAAAAUUCAGACUCAUUAAAGUGAAGCUGUAUGUGUGAGCGAGGUGUGACAGUAUCACUGUGUACUCGCAGCCCACAGUUUAACACUCAGGUUAAUCUGCUGCAUUACGACCGUCCUCAGUAACAACACUCACAAUAUUCCUUUAGACGUGAUAUCACUGGCAUAUCUUUCCACUUAUUCCUGUCACUUUCUGUUUUGUUUCCAUAGUUUUGAUCAGAAGUGAUCGUUUCAAUAAGCUUCACUGUAUCUGUACGACCUCGUAUGUGUUUACUGACCCGACUGAUGUUCUGUUUCUGCUGCUUUAUUUCUGUUUGUAGGGUUCAACUCUGCUUCAGUGCAACCAGCUCAGGAUGUGUCCCAACUGAAGCUCUGAUUAAAUAAUCGACUUGCUCAAACGGGUCAGGAGUUUAUUAAAAGUCAGCAAACGACAGAGAAUUGAGAAAUCAAAACGAUAUCUUGAUGUAGAUUAACUAACUAGUUAGCCUGUGUUUUGCUAACAUUAGCUUACUUAAGAUGGGACUAUAUAUAUGUCUCUUAACUUUUUAACAUCUUCAAAAUGCGAUUGUCUUUUCAUCAUGGACUAGCCUAGCAUGUAGCAUAUCUAAGAGCAAAAAGGGGCGGGACUUAUGAAGUGUUAAUCAGACAUUUCUACCCAUCAGAUCACUUUUAAUGACACAUUAUCUUUACAGUACACUACAGCUCUCAGUGAAGGAAGAAUAAAACACUAAAACUGAGUCUAAAGUUUGACUUUAAACAGAUACUUGCGCUUAUAGCUACCACGAGGCUUUGAUUGCACCUGUGUCUAAGCAUCAUGGGAGUUGUAGUUGGUCCCGAGCUGGUUGUGUUGAAGGCGAGUCGGCCCCAGUUUAUGUUCUCUUUGUGUUUUCAACCGUCCCAAACAUUUCCAGAAAUAUGCCAAAAAACCUGCAGACAUCUGACCGGCAAUGUGAUCUCCAUAUCCUCAUCCUCAAGUGCAAUUAGUGACAAUACACACACACACACACACACACACACACACACACACACACACACACACACACUGUAGCAUUAAGACUAAAAGACACUCCAACUCUGUUCAACCUGGUUUUAAUGAAGACAAACACAGCACACCGAAUCCCACUCACACACACACACUCAGAGGUUUUCACACCAUCAAAGUGCCACACACUCUCCUGCUCGGUGGAAAUGUAAUCAAUGUGUUGUUCUUCUGAGCUCCAUGACCUUUGACCUUACUCCUUUCUUUAUCUGUAUGUUCAGAACCUUUCGACUGUGAGUUUUUAUUUUCUCUGUAUCUUGCUGCUCUGCUUGGUUCUGAUGAUGGAUUUCUUUAUGCAAUGUUGACUUGGAUGGUUUAACCCUUCAGAUGGCAGCUCCCCACCCGUCUAUGAAGGUUCUCCACUAUAAUUCACUGUACAGUAGAGUCAUCAUAAAGUCUUUUAACCAGAAA